UUCGCGCGCGGAGAAGCGGCCUCGGCCGGGCUCGCUCGAGUGGCCCUGCGGGCCUCAGCCCCGGAAGAGCAUCCUCGCUCGCCCUCGUCUUCCUGCCCGCCUGGCUGGGCCUCCGUGGCCUUUGCCAUCUCCGCGAUCCGUGAGGGCGCCGACCCACCUUGCCGAGGCGCAGGCGCGGCCUUACCAGUAGCUCGGAUCCCUCGGCGCCCACGAGGCUCAGAAACGUGGGAAAAGGAAGCAUCCUGUCAAUUGGUAAGCCACCUGCUGCCAUCAUGCCCAAGAGAAAGGUCAAAGGAGAUGCUAAAGGUGAUAAAGUCAAGGUGAAGGAUGAGCCACAGAGGAGAUCAGCAAGGUUGUCUGCUAAGCCUGCCCCUCCCAAACCAGAGCCCAGGCCUAAAAAGGCUCCUGCAAAGAAAGGAGAAAAGCUGCCUAAAGGGAGAAAGGGGAAAGCAGAUGCUGGCAAAGAUGGGAACAACCCUGCAAAAACCCAAGAGGCGUCCACAGUCCAGUCACAGAAAGCAGAAGGCACUGGGGAUGCCAAGUGAAGUGUAUAUUUUUGAUAGCUUUGUACUUAGUAACUCUACCAUUGAAAUACUGUUGUCAUUUUAAAAAAUUUUAUAAAAAAGUUAAAUUUUGGGUUUUUUUCAAAUUUAUGUUAUUAGUACACAGAACACUUUGUUGUUGUCUUUUGUGGAAAGGGAAAACACCACUAAUAAAGUGUGUCUCAGAAGCUGAACUGAAAUGAGAGAAACUAGAAUUUCCUAUCUUGGUCUUUGAAGAUUGUCCUCAGUUCCUGGGAAAGAGUCUCUUAAGAGUCUCUCAUUUUAGCCAUUGACAAAUAAGCCUUACAGUGUGGGGGGCAGAACUUGACUUUUCUUUCAUUCCAUGAGCAUAGGUCAUACCUGCAUUGAGCCGGCAGUCUUGAUGUGGCCUUGGCACCCCUGAAAUCAGCCGUGUUAGGAACAACACUCAAGCUUUCUAAU